CGACAAAUCACCUUCGCGACAAGGCAUCGAGGCGCAGAAGAACAUCCAUCUGAGGCUACUGAAGAUAUCAAAAAACAGUUAUAUUGUGUUGCCAAUAUGGCACCUCAAACGAUUAAUUUCCUCCUCUCCUCCUUCCCUGGGUUGCCAUUGCCACCCACCCUCUCGUUCGCUCUGCCAUCCACUGCAAUCAUCGCCGAUGUUGCGGACAACAUAUCCUCACGUCUACCACCGUCCCUAAGGAAUGUAUCCGAUCGUCUUCUUCUCACAACUACUGGCAAUAGACAACUUCUCCCCUAUUCAUCAGAAUCUAUCGCCACCCUCCUUGAUGGCGCGCAAACCAUCUCACAAUCCACAUUUAUCCCUCUUCGACUUAGCGCCAGAUUAUGCGGUGGGAAAGGUGGUUUCGGCUCACAGCUUCGUGCUGCUGGAGGCCGUAUGUCUAGUCGCCGCAAAGGAAACCAGGAAGAGAACAACGGCUCUAACCGUAACCUCGACGGCCGUCGACUACGCACCGUGAAGGAAGCCAAAGCGCUGGCCGAAUACCUUGCGCUCAAACCUGAUAUGGACAAGAAGGCAAAGGAAGCUAGAAGAAAGCGAUGGGAAGCUGUGGUCGAGGCAGCUGAGAGACGGGAAGCGGAGAUUCGAAACGGGGAGGGCAAGGGAAAGGUUGAUGGCGUUUGGAUGGAGGAUAAGGAGGAAGUGGGUGAGAAAGCGAGAGAAGCUGUUUUGCGCGCAAUGAAAGAAGGCAACUGGAAAGAUAACUUGGCUGGAGCUGAGUUUUUGGAUGGAUCCAGCGCCAGCGCCAGCAAUAGCAGUGAAGAUAGCAGGUCUUCAGCGAGUCCGAGCGAUGGAAGCGAUAUGGAGGAUGUUGCUGAGACAAGCACGAGUGCGACGACACUACCACAACCAGCCAAAUCUACGGUUCCCGCGAGGCGAUAUUUUGGUUUUGACGACGAGGAUGACGAUGAAUUAAUGAGUGAUGAAGAGGACGAAGAGGGAGAGGCGGAUAUACCUGACGGAAAAGAACUUGAGGGAAAGGGGAAGGGGAAGGCUUAAUUUCAAAUUGUGUCCGCUUUUACCUAUUUUUUUCUACUAUGCAAGGCGCCAGGAGUUAACUAUCAUCAUUGGGGUAAUUUUGGGUCUGGUUAAGCUGAAUGCUGCUUUAGCUUAUACAUAGGAUAGGCACUAGGAUGAUUGCUUAUUCCUUUCUUCGAUGAAAAUCCAUGAGCACUAUAUUUUUUUCUACUACUACUAUUAUUAUCACUCUCAUUCCUUUGAUUGUCUAGCAUCGUAAAUCUAUCUCGAUUUUGGCUUCUUUUGCUGGCGACUACAUACAUGUGCAACUGUGGUGGUUUAUCAAUCUGAUAUCGUUUCUACGGUUGCCCUGACAAACCACAUAAGCAGUCUUAAUUUUCUUCCGCAGGCAAACCUUCAAUAUCGGUAUAGUAUUUCUC